CCCCAGCCCGCACUCCCCGGCCUCUCCUGCUUGCGCCCUUCCUCAUGACUUCUCUUCCUUCUUGGCCACCGCUGGGACCUGCAGAAGGAUUUCCUGGGACAGGCCUUCCUGGCCCUAGGAGAGGUGAUCGGAGGCCAGGGCAGCCGUGUGGAGCGACCUCUCACGGGUGUGCCAGGCAAGAAGUGUGGGACCAUUCUGCUGACCGCAGAGGAGCUCAGCAAUUGUCGGGACAUUGCCACCAUGCAGCUGUGUGCAAACAAGCUCGACAAGAAGGACUUCUUUGGGAAAUCAGACCCCUUCCUCGUGUUCUACAGGAGCAAUGAGGAUGGCACGUUCACCAUCUGCCACAAGACAGAGGUUGUGAAGAACACGCUGAACCCCGUGUGGCAGCCGUUCAGCAUCCCGGUGCGGGCGCUGUGCAACGGAGACUAUGACAGAACAGUGAAGAUCGACGUAUACGACUGGGAUCGAGAUGGAAGCCACGACUUCAUCGGCGAGUUCACCACCAGCUACCGGGAGCUGAGCAAGGCCCAGAAUCAGUUCACCGUGUAUGAGGUACUGAACCCUCGGAAGAAAUGUAAGAAGAAGAAGUACGUCAACUCGGGAACCGUGACGCUGCUGUCCUUCUCUGUGGACUCCGAAUUCACUUUUGUGGAUUACAUCAAGGGAGGGACACAGCUGAACUUCACCGUGGCGAUUGACUUCACAGCUUCCAAUGGGAAUCCCCUGCAGCCCACCUCCCUGCACUACGUGAGUCCCUACCAGCUCAGCGCCUACGCCAUGGCCCUCAAGGCGGUGGGGGAGAUCAUCCAGGACUAUGACAGUGACAAGCUCUUCCCAGCCUAUGGCUUUGGGGCCAAGCUGCCCCCCGAGGGGAGGAUCUCUCACCAGUUUCCCCUGAACAACAACGACGAGGACCCCAACUGCGCGGGCAUCGAGGGCGUGCUGGAGAGUUAUUUCCAGAGCCUGCGCACCGUGCAGCUCUACGGGCCCACCUACUUUGCUCCUGUCAUCAAUCAGGUGGCCAGGGCAGCAGCCAAGAUCUCUGACGGUUCCCAGUACUAUGUUCUGCUCAUCAUCACGGAUGGGGUCAUCUCGGACAUGACGCAGACCAAAGAGGCCAUCGUCAGCGCCUCCUCGCUGCCCAUGUCCAUCAUUAUUGUUGGUGUGGGACCGGCUAUGUUUGAGGCAAUGGAAGAACUGGAUGGAGAUGAUGUACGUGUGUCCUCCAGGGGGCGCUAUGCAGAGCGGGACAUUGUUCAGUUCGUCCCAUUCCGAGACUACGUCGACCGAUCCGGGAACCAGGUUCUGAGCAUGGCCCGACUGGCCAAGGACGUGCUGGCCGAGAUCCCCGAGCAGCUUCUGUCCUACAUGCGGACGCGGGACAUCCAGCCUCGGCCCCCACCCCCCGCCAACCCCAGCCCCACCGCGGGUCCAGGCCAGCCGUGAGGAGUCCACCCAUUCAACACCUCGCCAUCUGCUUGUUUGCUCACCCCCUGCUG